AAAGCAUGCCACGUUCAACAUCAGCCUAGACAAUUUCACGGUUUUCACUCCACCGCCAAUCCGCGCGUUACGCCGGAUGAAUCUCGGUUGGAGGUGCCGUGGCUUUACCUGGUCACCUGACGCAACUCCUCCUAUUACGAGAGCAUGGGACAUCGCGCGCCUCUAGCGCGUAUCACACUCGAGCGUCGUUAUGCGCACAGAGGCGGUGUUCGAGGGAGAGGGAGAAACUACCCUUUUCUUGAUACAGAAGAAAUAACUGCCGUUUCUCUUCGCCCUGCCCCCAGAUGAAUAAGAGAUGAGUGUGAGUGGUGCUGAUGCGGCCGGCGAGAACAGUGAGACUGAGAGACUGGGGUAUUGACACCGUGCUUGAAAGUGAGAUCCACGCUUCAUCAGAGAGUGAACUAAAGCUGGACCGAUGACUCUCACAGAUUCCAUCACUCCAGAGAUUCGGCUCAAAGGGUUGCUGUGGACCGAUGGAUGCCCCUCCUCAUCCUCCUCCUCUCCAGCCUCAGUGGCUGCCAGUGACAACGGCUCUGAGCUCCCUGCCUGACUGCCAGCUUUGAUCCCUCCUCUCUCUCUCUCCAUCCAUGGCUGGCCGGCUCGGAUCACUGCUCCUGCUGGUGUUCCAGACGUUCGCCGCCCCUCCGGAGUUCGUGCCGGCGUCCGAUCUGGACCCCGCUGACCCCCUGCGGGCUAACGGGACGGCAGUCGGUCCCUCCAUGGCCCCCCCGCCAGGUACCAGCCAGCGGAUGCCGCACAGCAUCAUCAUCGGCGUGCGCAAGGGCGGCACGCGGGCUCUGCUGGAGAUGCUGGACAUCCACCCGUCGGUGGCCGCCGCCGCCACCGAGGUGCACUUCUUCGACUGGGACGAGAACUACGCGCGCGGCUUCGACUGGUACCGCGGCCUCAUGCCCUACUCAUACCCGCACCAGAUCACGGUGGAGAAGACGCCGGGCUACUUCACGUCAGCGCUGGCGCCCGAGCGCAUCUGCGCCAUGAACGCCUCCAUCAAGCUGCUGCUCAUCCUGCGCGACCCGGCCGAGCGCGUGGUCUCCGACUACACGCAGGUCUACUUCAACCGCCUGGAGGCGCGCAAGCCCGUGCGUCCCAUCGAGGAGCUCCUGGUGCGCGGCGGCGCGCUCAACACGCGCUACAAGGCCAUCCAGCGCAGCCUCUACCACCUGCACAUGCGCAACUGGCUGCGCCACUUCCCGCUGGAGCAGAUCCACCUGGUGGACGGCGACACGCUGGUGCGCGACCCGCUGCCCGAGCUGCGGCGCGUGGAGCGAUUCUUGGAGCUGCCGCCGCGCAUCGCUGCCUCCAACUUCUACUUCAACCAGACCAAGGGCUUCUACUGCAUCCGCAGCGACGGGCGGGAACGCUGCCUGCAUGAGUCCAAGGGCCGCCCACACCCGCCGGUCAACGGCACUGUGCUGCGCCAGCUACGCGCCUACUUCCGCCCGCACAACCGCAGCUUCUACAAGCUGGUGGGGCGCACCUUCCACUGGCUCUGAGAGUGCUGACCGCUGGUGGUGGUGCUCGGCACAAGUCUGGGACUCCCGAGGGGGACUUACUUCCCCCAUAUUUCCCUAUCUGCUCCUUAUCUCCCGCCUCUUAAACCCCAGCUUAGCCAAUCACAAGAGCUAAAGGGCUGAUUGACAUAUGGCUGGAUCAACAGGAGAAUGGGGAACUUAGCACUUUAUGAGCCAAGCCCACUACAACAGACAUGCCUCUAAAAUGCCUUUGAACGCAGAACUGUUAUUGCAUUAAAAAGGAAAAACUUAAAAACUUUGCAGUUAAAACUGUAAAAAAAAAAGAAUAUCCUGUAGGAUAAAUCCCUGGUUUGGAGUCAAUCCUCUGUACUGUAAAGUGAAGUAAUGCCUGCUGCAGGCAACCAUUUUCUUUCUGUGCGAUUCAUGACCUUUUUUUCUUAUUACCUUAUUUGUUUUCCUCCGUUUGAUAUACUUGUACUUGAUAAUAAAUGGUUCAGCUUUAAAAUGGGAAAAAAACAGAA